AUGAGCUGCGCCUCAGCGAGAACACCCAUCGAAAAAUAUGAUAUACACGAUGCUUUCCUGGCCCUGAGUGUCCUGAGGAAGCUACCAGAGUACACGAGGGAGCUGGAAGAGAGCUCUUCAGAGAUGUUGUACCGAAUCAUUUAUAGAUCGAUUUACGCCGCCCGAUGGUACUACCGCCGCUACUCCCGGUAUAGGGAAUUCGUUCAUUUACUCAGCACAUAUACGGAGUGUAUUGCUGUGAAAUCAUUCAACCCUGCACACCGAGUCGCGGAACUACUUGCAGCGCACACUUCACAACUUCAUACUCCGCAGCUAUGGCAGCGGCUGCCGCUUCCCCUUGUCGCUUCUCUUCUUCUUGCCGUGAUUUUCUGCAUUGCGACGGUGAUACUUAUCAGUAUUGGAGAAGAUUGCUGUCGAAAAGGGGAUGUUGCUGCGCUGAUACUGAGCUGUGUGAGUGUCGUGUGCCUAUGUGCCCUGUUUCCACUCAUUUAUGCAUCCCUAAAGUGGCGCGGAUACAGAGGACCGGAGCGGUUUGUGGACUGGAUGGUGCGAAUGGCCUGUGACAACGCUCAAAACCAAAAUUCUUACUACAACCCACUGUCGGACCGAAUUGAACUCACCGAGCAAGCGAUAGUCGAGGACACAGAUGCGUUCCUUGUUGAAACCGACACUGCCCAUCGUAACCGAAGUGCUAUCGCGAUGCUCUUAACAGAGGCCACCGAAGACGAGGGGAGUGUUGUCUUGCGGAGCAGAGGCCUUCCUCCUGCUAUGAUCGGACUGAACCCCAUCUAUAGACAUAUGAUAAUUAUCAUGACGGACUUUGAUGGGAAGGUCGUAAUGUGGAGCGAUGGCGCGGCUACUUGCUUCGGCUUCAGUGCGCGAGACGUCGAGGGGAACAAUAUAAAUUCUCUUCUCUAUGGCGAACGAUCGGUGGAGCUCUACGCAACAAUGACUGAAGCUGCAGUGAAAAACUUGGACCUCUCAGAAAAGGUCCUCACCAUGGCACAUAUGAGUUUGGGCACACUCUCUAUCAGCGCAACAGUGGUUGUCAGCCGAGAGGCCAAAUCGAAUCGGUCCGUGGGGUUCACUCUCAUCGGGUCUGUACGCUCCGAUGAGCUGUCGCAGACGCAGACGGUGCUGCACUCUUUUUUUGUGACAGAACUGUCGCAGCUGUCUGUCAAGGACAGCCAAUUUCGACAAAUUGUGGACUGCUUGCGGUGGAAAAACCUGCGCGACCUCUCCGCGCUGGCGAGGGACUGGAGAAGCGCGCACAUUCGGCAGCUGCUGUCCGAGGUCAUCAAAGGGAGGCAGCGCUACGUGAGCGUCGAGGUCGAUCCAAAGGUAACCGAAUUGCCGCCUAUUCUCUGCGACACGGCGGGCGUUACUGCUGUGCUGAAUCGCACUUUUGAGCUGUUCUGCGAAAAAAUCAGCGUUCGCGUUGAGCAGAAACGCACGACCAGUGCGGUGUACCAGCUCAUUGUAGUUUACCGUCAUGACAUGUCUGGGCUCAACCGAAAUACCUUGAUGGGCAUCACCCGAUCUGCAAAUGACCUUGGUGGCAUUGUAGUCGACUCCCCCGGCACACUAAAGCUGUUGCUGCCCUUCAUGGUGAAGGAUGAGGUAAUUCAAGCCUUGAAGCCUCAAGGCGCCGCUGCACAAAAGCCAAUCGGACACGACCCCCUCAUUGUGCUGCUCUUGGAGAAGAACGCUGUGCACCGUCACAACAUAUCUGCCUCCAUCUGGAGCUGCGGCCAUUCUCUGCGGCUGAUUGAGAACGUUCGAAAGGCUUUGCAAGCCAUCGAAGGAUCGACCGACCUCGGUUGCGCUAUUGUCGACGUCGACGUGAAAGGCUUUGACCGCGUGAUCGAGGCACUGCUGGCGAAGCACAUCUACAUAAUCGAAACCUCUGAGGCGCUAGACGGCGGUGCAAAACGCGGUGAUGCCCUUCUGAAGAAGCCGAUUUCGAAUGAGGCGCUCCAUAAGGAGUUAGAGAGGGCCACCUACAAGUGCGAGGAGGCGAAGCGUGCCGGUGUGGAGCUGCUGAAGCGGCGAGAGGUGUUCGGAAAGGUGCGCAACAGUCCAUGGACACAGGGCCGUCUGCUCGGGCGUGGUGGGUGCGCUGCCGUAUACGAGGCGACUUCCACCCUGACGGGCGGAAAAAUGGCUGUCAAGAUAAUCCGCGUUUCUGGCAACUUUGAAGAGCGCAUCGACGAGUUUAUGAAUGAGAUUGGGAUUCUGUGUCAGUUGACACAUCCGAACAUCAUUCAUUACUUUUACUGCGAGCGAACCGAGACAACCCUCAACCUCUUCAUGGCGAUGGCUGACCAGGGUACGGUGGCCGACCUUAUCAAGCGCUGCCCACAACUGCCCGAGAACCACGUCGCCACCAUCAUGAAGCAACUUCUGCAAGCGGUCAACUACUUGCACGAGUGUGGCAUUAUCCACCGCGACAUUAAACCAGGCAACAUGCUCAUUUCGCAAGGGCAGCUGAAGCUGUCUGACUUUGGCACAGCCACCACGAACGUUCGAGAGGGCACGGUUGGCACCAUCAGCUACAUGGCCCCAGAGGUCGUUGACGGGAAGCCGAGCGGUAAGGAAAGCGAUAUCUGGUCGAUCGGCUGCGUCGUCUGCGAGUGUUUGCAGAUCAAGCGUUCUGGUGAUGGCUUGCUUGGCUAUGGCGCACCAGAAGAGUACCCAAGUGAUGUAUCCGCUCAGGCGAUCGACUUCAUCAAGGCCUGCAUGCAGAGAAAUCCGUCAGAGCGCGCAACAACUGGCACGCUGCUGCUGCACGACUUCAUUGUACAUCUCGACCAAGAGGUGUCACAGCUGGCUGAGGUACUAGCCGAGACGUCGCCAAACGACGAGGGGGCAAAGCCACCUAAAGCCCGCAGCAGUUUCAGUGACUCCACCGUCAUCAGCUGGUCCUUCGACUAG